AUGAACCUCACACUCUCUGGGAAUUUCCUGAAGUGCACGUAUACCGACGACAAUGGUCGAGUCGUCUACAAGGUCCACACUUCGUCGACAUAUCCUGGCAAUUCAACGACGAUAAGCAAGGUCUUACCAGACGACAUACCGCGAGGGGCAAGCGAGAACGGAAAAGGUUCAGGAGAUCGUUUUGCACACCUUGCCCGUAUCGAUUGGAAAGUCGUAUAUUCAACCUUGGUGCGCGGUGGUGAAGAGACGAGCGCAAAGACAUUUUUCAGGAGAGAAGGGAUUUCUGGGGCAUUGGGGAGAAACCGUAUUUUUGUCGGAGACGAUGGAAGAGAGUAUAGGUGGCUUUUAGGUGCAUGCACUUCAGAGCUUGAGCUCAACGAUGAAUACAAGACUCCAGUCGCCAAAUUCGACCGCCGCAAUGUUGGAAGUGUAUUUGGAUUUGGUAAGAAACGUCCUGCGGUUUUGAAAAAUUUCCCGGCUGGGGAACAUAUGGUCGACUUGAUUAUGUUGACCUUCCUCUACAUUGAACAUGUGCGGAGAGAUGAUUGA